UGCCGCCCGCCCCAUCGCCGCCGCCCCGCGCCGCGGCCUCAGCAGGGAGGCCAUGCCGCCCAAGGGGAGGCCCGCGUCCGCCGACUCCACGUCCGCCGAGGUUCAGGCGGCCCGCGACAAGCUCAAGGCGCGCUUCGCGAACAGCACGAGGACGGGCGGCGAGGGCACCGCCCGGCGGACCAAGCUCAAGAAGCACCAGUCGCACGGCGCGGACGACAAGCAGCUGCAGGCUCAGCUCAAGCGCCUCGGCGUGAACAACAUCCCCGGGAUCGAGGAGGUCAACAUGUUCAAGGAGGACGGCUCGGUGAUCCACUUCGCCGCCCCGAAGGUCCAGGCCUCCGUCACCGCCAACACCUACGUCGUGACUGGGCACGCGGAGAACAAGAAGCUCGAGGAACUCCUCCCCGGCAUCAUCAACCAGCUAGGCCCUGACAAUCUGGUCAACCUCAAGCGCAUCGCCGAGGGUUACGCCGCCGCGGGCGCCGCGGCGAAGGGCGCGGCCGACGGGGAGGACGAGGACAUCCCCGACAUCGGAGAGAAUUUUGAGGACGUCAGCAAGCAGUGAGAGCGCCGGGCGCCGCCUUUGGUUCCAGCCGGCGCCACCCCGCACGAGCUGUAACUGGGCCCGCAUCCGUCCUGCGCGAAAGUCCAGCCUGCGGCCUUUGAAAGAUCGGA